AUGUCUGACCUGUGGGUUUCUUUGAUGAACGCGAUUGAUCCCAACACUGAAGCCAUGCCUGCUGUCCUCCAAUCAACCAUCAACCUCUUGGAAUCCGAGCUCAUCAAAGCCCGGGCUGCCCUCCAUGAGGUUCAGCCACAUCCCUCCUUCACACGCCUUGGAGAUGAAAUCACCGUUGGAGCUAUGGCUUCCUAUCGCCAGAAUCUCAUCGACCGCGCCCCGGAUUUCUAUAGCGCCCGUCGUUUGACCCCAAAGGAGAUAGGACUUGAGCCUGUAUUCUACAGAUCGCCUACUGUUACAGUGAUCCCCGAGGCCACGGCGCUCCCUGUAGCGACCUCACGCGCGCCUUUGGAGGAUGUUCUCACCAAUAGUUUGAUUCUGGACCACAUGGCACCUUAUCUCUCGGUAUCUUCAUUGUUUGCCCUCGCCUCGACUUCGCGCCUACUGCAUGAUAUGAUCACUAAGACGCCGUAUGUUUUCCGGCAUCUGGAUCUGACCUGUUGUCGAGGUGCUCAGCACCCGGCGAAACACGAGGCCGAUGAUCUUCGGACAGAGGAUGAGAUAUACUCCGCACCUCUGCGUCAUAUCUUCUCCAGUCUCGAGAAUCGAUUGAUAUUGCAAGAUGUGCGCACCUUGGUCCUAGAUGGCCUGACGGUGCCAGCCGACCUUGUGGCCGACAUCAUUCUCACUGAUCGUUUCAGUGUGAACAUCCUCUCCAUCCGCGAGUGUCGCCACCUUAAUGAACGAAAACUGAUGCAAGUCAUCCAACAUGCCGUGCGUCCUACUCGUCCAGCGGGCACCCCACGAGUCAAGGGUAUCUACCACUUCUCUCCUGUGCACAGCCCGCCACGAGUUCCCGUGCGCCGUCGUUAUCGUGAAUGGUGGAGUUCGCGCGUGGGAUCUUCUCGAAGCUCAAGCCAAAGUUCAUCUAGCGCCUCCUCUGAUAACGAAGAAGAUCCCCAGCUGCCCAAGCCCGUGCAGAAUGAAUGGUACAGCCCCUCGGGCAAGAUGUUCAAACACAGCAUCGAGGACGGGUGGGCGCAGACGUUGCAGAAAUGCGAAGGUAUCAUUGCCUUUGAUGCUGUACUUUGCCGGGGGCUUCGACAUGAUAUCAAUGCGUAUUCCAUGGACGAAGGGAGUGCCCCACUAGAGGCACCCCUUCUCACUCCUGCGAUAGCUACUGUAGCCCUGGGACCUCGAGGCUGUGACGGGUGUCACAGUUCUCCCGAAGGGCCAGCUAUCUGGGGACAAUCCCCUGAUGAACAGUUCCCUUUGCUGGGCCCAAUCCCACUACACCUGUCGAGCAUCGCCGCAGCAAAGCGACCGGAGCAAAUUCCUGGAAGACACCCUUGCCUGAUUGCUCGAUGUACAGACUGCUUGACAGAUAGAUGGUGCAACAGGUGCAACAAAUGGUUCUGCUCCAACUGCCUCCCGAACCCGCAGCACCUGCAAGCAAAUUUGACGCCUCACCAGACUGCAGUGCGUCACGGCCAUGGUCCCAUGGCUGCCACUGCUAGACCAGUAAACCGAGAGGUACGUUUCCCCGAGAUGCUUCCCAGUAAAUGCCUUUCGACUCACAUUUUCGUCUAG